GUUGGAUAUUGAGUGGUUAUGCUAAAUAGGUCAUGUAGGCAAAUUCCUCCUUCAAAACUUUUGAACAAUGCGGAAAUGAAGUUAUUGAUUUAAAAGAGAAAAGUUUGAAUCACAAUGGAGGUAUCCGGUAAGAAACUCCGGUCGAAUGCAUCUCUGCCGUACGCGACCUACUGCCAGCCCUGCUCUAAUGAUGGGGAAAUCCUCCCAGCCGAGGCUUACUGUACUGUCUGCAAGGAGUUUAUUUGCUCUACUUGCACAAAUAUUCACAAGAAACAAAAGAUUUUGAGGUCUCAUGCACUUUUGGAUAAGAAAAGCAUGCCUACAGCUAUGAACGUUCCGUCAUUUGUACCACAAAGCACAUUGCCUUGCGAUGUCCAUCCUGAAGAGUUUAUUAAGUACUUCUGUCCAACCCACCAAACACUCAACUGCGGACAUUGUCUAGUUAAAGAUCAUAGAACAUGUCAUGUUGACAUAAUCUCUGAAAUAUCAAGGGGCUUUAAAGAUUGCAAGGAGUAUGAAGACAUCAGCAAAGCAUUUUCCCAAUUGUCUAAAACCCUUGAAUGCUGUGCUGAAGACGCUGAACUCAAAUUGAAAGUAAUAAAAGAGCUUGCUGAAGAUGAAGUUUCAAAUUUACAGGAAUAUCGCGCUAAGGUAAACACAUACUUUGAUGAGAGGGUCAAUGCCCUUAUGACGAUCAUAGAGAAAAUGAAAAAUAUAGAUGAAGUACGUCUUCACUCCAUAAAACCCAAAUGCGAUGACCUUAGAGCCAAGGUUGAAGAAAUCGAAUCCAAACUUGCAGAGCAGGAGAAAAACAGUGCCCAUUUGUUCAUUGAAGUCAAGAAAGCACAGAAACAGGUAGAAAUUUUGCAGUUAGGCCUGGCUGACAUUAAUAAAAAAAUGACUUUUCACCGCUACCACAUACGAAAGGACCCUGCGACAGAAAGACUAUUGUCAUCCAGCACGGGCCUUGGUACUGUUGAAGAAAUAGCGAGUAGCGGAGAUAGCACAUCGUUCGGCAACGAUGUGAGAGGGUGUAUUGGAGAAAUGGUGAAUCUUCAUGUGUCGACAGAGGUCAUCAAAAGUUCGGAUGAGUAUGUUCGAAAAAAGACGAAAACUCCUAAUGUGAAGAAAAAUGUCAGCAACGAUUGGGAAGAGUAUGCUCGGGAAAAGACGUAUACUCCUAUUGGACCGAUACAAUACAAACACAGGCAAAAGAAACACUGGCAUGACAUGUAUGGAGACGAAUUAUGAUCAAAAGCAGUUGAUAUGUGGCUAUGUUCUUUGUACUGAAUUUAUAUGUUCUUGACAAUCGGAUAGAAAGUAUGCACAAACUGUUUAUAUGUAGAUAUCUUCUUAGGUUGUUUCUUAGCCUUAAAACACUAGCCUUAAAACAAACCUUAGUUUCCUCUAACGUACUAAUUACCUUCCCCAUGCUUGAUACAAAAUGCUAUUUUUCACCUUUAUACCUUAAUUGAUAUUUUCGUGAUUCAAACUUAACAAAGUUUUAUGUAACAAAAUUCAAUUAGCAUCAAUCUGACAGAAUUUAUGAUGAUCCAAAUGUUGAAAAUAUGGCAACGUCCCGGUCAUUAUGGUGAAGUAGACGCUUUAUAUCUCCGGACACAAUUUUCUAUUUUUCUUAUGUACUUUUACAUCAAAGGUGUUCGAAUUAUGAAUGAAAGUGUGAUAGAUGGACUUGUUUAAGGAUAGUUGUUCAAAGUAGGUGCACACUAAAUCCUGUAGUUUGAUUUGACUCAUAUUAACUUUGUAUACCUGAUAUUUUUACCUACGUCACGCUUGAAUUGUCACAAGUAUAAAUAAAGCAUUGGUCAAUACAACAGAUUACCACCCACGCACGGUGUUUCAAAACUACACUUCACGACAAAAUAAAGGCUAACCAUAAGUGUGCACUCUACAUCAAUUAGUGCUGGUACUGAGAAAAAGAGAAUCGCAGCAUCGCCAAUAGAUCACGAAGAAUUUAAAAAGACUCGUAUUGAAUCUAAUGAUAGUGAAUGCACCAUAUCUGACGAUGAGUCUAAAGUUUUCCAGUUAAGCGAAAACCAACUCACAUCUUUGGUCAACAGCAUCGUUACUGGCGUAUUAUCAAGUCUCCAGCAAAAGGUAGUUUCCUUAAAGCACCUCGUGGAAAAGCCAGUACUCUCGAAACCAAAAUAUCUGCCCUAGAGGAAAAGAUUUAUAUCCGUUUGAGUAAAUAACGACAUAUCUUAUCAAUACUGUAGGAAUAACUGCUUGAGGAUAGCUGGUAUCGUGGAAUCUCAGGGCGAGUUCACAGACAUAAUCCUUGUGGAUCUGAUCAAAGCCACUGGAACUGAAAUUUCACUUGAUCAGAAAGUUCGCACUCCCAUGCUUGGCAAACCUAGGACCAUGGGAUCCCGCCAACCGGCUUACGAACCCCCAAGGGAUAAUAUUAUUAAGUUUAUAUCCUACAGGUUUCACCAACAGGUCUACAAGUUGCAUACCAAACUGAAGAGCGCUGGAUACAAAAUAACCCGUCGUUUGUUCAAGGAUUGAAACACCUUAUGCCUUCGAGUCUUUCAAGACGUGAAAGGUCUUAAUAACUUUACUUUGCUUUGCCGUGCAGUAUUCUAUGUAGUACUACAGUGCAAAUUAUUGAUCAAUUUAUAAACAUUUCAUUGAGUUGAAUUUAUUUAUAAACAUUUCAUUAAGUUGAAGUUAUAAUUAUAAUUUAAUCCCAUUUUACGCUUUCGAUAUCUAACCAAACCACACGUUGUUUUCAUUCUUUUAUUGUAAUUUAGUUAAUAAACCAUUCUUAAUUAAGUCUAUAUUAAACAACGACUUGUUGGGCAAUGAAGUUUACUGUAUGGUAUAUUGACAUAAAAACUUGAUUUUA